AUGCAUUCUCCGUUACGGCCGCCCAGCACCAUGUGGUACACCGCGUUGCAGCAAAAGUCGAUUCUUGACUGGAAGCGUCCGUUCGAUGUAUGUCCUCUCAGUCGGGCUGGUGAUAAUGACUUUCAGAAUAGCCAGACAUGCAUCGUUCUGACUGAUCCGAUACAACUUUUGGAUCACAGAAUAGAAGUCUUCAUCCCAGAAAUCUUUGUCCUGGGCGCUAACAUCAUCAAUCACACAGAUAAUCUGGUUUUCAAGGGUGAGCUGCAGGAAACAGCUCCCGGAAGAUCAGGCAAAGCGAUUUUACGUCCAACCAUCUGUUUAUAUGGCCGAAGGAGCGUUUACCGGGUGGAGUGGCAGUCGAAGGCCAUUCGUACACAUGUGUUGCGUCAUAAGACUUCUCAUAAGCUCCUUUGGACCACUAAGUUCAUCUCUGGAGGACUCAUGCUGGGUUCAGAGGAGAUGCAACAGAAAGUGAUUUUGGCCCUGGGAUAG